UGUUAAGGAUUUGGUAAAACAGUGUCCCCACCAAUGUUCAGCCCAUACAUAACAACCCAAAUUAUUCCAAGUUAAACACCAAUCCAGCUUUAAAAGUAAGUCCAAAACAAAUAAACAGCCCAAAGUUCUACUGUAGAAUGCACUCAUGCUGGCUAGCCAGUUAGCACAGUGAGAGCCCUCAUCUGUUUUAAUCAUGGCCGCUCACUCCCACCCACGUGUGCCCUGAACUGAAGCACUUUGUGCUCAAUCACAUUCUGUGAUCCUGACAUCAGACAGGGACGCUCCACCCUCUGGGGUCAACACUUUCCCAGAUUCACAGAAGCUCUGGGUCAAUCUCCCAGGCCCAAUCAGCCCCCACUCCCCUAACUCCCUCUCCCUGCCUAUCCCUCCACCUGCUCCCUGGAGGCACACUCAUUGUCCCCCUUGGAAAUAAACACUUCAUUGAGCAUGUGGCAGCCCUGCUUCUCUCAUAGCCCUUCCCAGCUCUCCCAUUGGCUGGUGACUGUGAGAAACUCCAACAAGCCCAAGACCCACACAUUCAUAUGGAGAUUUGUGGGUAUAAAUAGAGGGAAGAGGUAGAGAGAGGCUAGCACACUUCUAACUGGCUCUUCACUCACUGAGACCUCAGGCUAACACUGACCACAGCAGCCAUGGCACCAACUGUUUUUGGACAAAUUAAAUACUCUAAGGAGAACCUCACUUCCACCCACAAGCUAAGAAAGCCAAUGGUGGAGAAACUGCGCAGGGAUCGCAUCAACACCAGCAUCGAGCAGCUCAAGUCUCUGCUGGGUCCAGAGUUCCUCAGACAGCAACCAGACUCCAAACAGGAGAAAGCUGACAUUUUGGAGAUGGCUGUCUAUUUCCUGAAGCACUGGCGGCAGCAGCAGUAUCCACCAGCAGAGAGCGAUUCCCUGGUGGCGGCUAGCCAGGGCUACUCCCACUGUGUGAAGGAGGCACUGAGCUUCCUGUCCCAGAGCGAGGCGAGGACCCAAUCCCACAGAAGACUGCUGAGCCACUUCCAGAGCGUGCAGUCAUCCAGCGCACCCAGCCAGGCCCUGAGUCAUCUCUCUCCGCCCGGCUCCCCAUUACACCAGGCCACCACCAAGGGGGUGAACCCCACCAACAGCACCCUCUGGAGGCCUUGGUAGAGAAAAGACAUUAUCAUGUCAAGUCCAAAAGAAUUACACAGGCCAGUCUAUGACAGGUCUGGACAGUGAUUACCAGAGUGACGGAGGACAUUUCUUUUGCAUUGACAAGAGAUUCUACGUCGUAUAGUUUCAUUAAGAUGAAGAUGGCAUGGUGUGCCAGUAUUCCUUUGAAAGGACUUAUAUCAUUCAGAUGAAUGAUACAUAAGCUGUAUGACAAAUUUACACUACUCUUUUCACAAGAGUGUAUUAUGUUUAAUGACAAAGAGAAGGCUCUGAAAUAAGUUCUGAUAAUACUUAUGUAAUAUAAUGGCCCAUAUUGGGUUGCAUCUAUAUCUGAAUGUCUGUGACAUUUCUGCUGUGUUUUAUUUAUUCAAACUUUGUUUUAUAAUUGAUAUUCCACUUGUCACUGAAUGAUGCAAUGUAUCAGUUUAGUGUUGUUUAUCGAUAUUAUACCCUAAAUGGAUCCAAUGGAUCUACUUUUACCUGUAAAUCAUUUUAUAAUUAUAUGUGACUAUUCUGUCAACCUUUGUUACUGAUGGAAUAGUUAUGGAUGACAUUAAGCCUGAAUGUUACUGUCAAAUGUUAAAAGGUUACAUGUAGUAACUUAAAACAAAUACCUUUUAUAGAGGGCUUUUACUCAUAUUCAACAAAUGCUGUUGGUUAAAGAAAAUGGUGCAUCUU